AAAUUACAAUGGAAGGACUAAAAGACAAAUAUAUGCCCUACAUGAGUUCAAAACGAAGAGAAUAAAAGUGCCAUCCUCUUCCCUAAUCUGGGCUUCUAAUUAGUGCAAGAUUCAUCUAAAUUUUAUUGUUUUUCCUUGACAUUUUUAAUCCAAUUUCCAGCUCUCAAUUAACAACAAUGGAGAUUACUAUGGCAGCAUCUGUGAUUUUGGGACUUCUGUUAGUUCUUCUCUUUAUUAUUCCAAGAUUUACUAAACCCAGUCAAUCAAAGGCUGAUACUUUGCAUAAUAACAGCAAAAAUAUCUCCAAGGAACCAAGAAGAUAUACUAAAGCUGAAAUCUCGUUGCACAACAAAAGGACUGAUUGUUGGGUCAUCAUCAAAGAUAAGGUAUAUGAUGUAACUUCAUAUGUGGAGGAGCACCCAGGUGGUGAUGCUAUCUUAACGCAUGCUGGGGAUGAUUCAACUGAAGGAUUUUUCGGGCCGCAACAUGGUACGCGAGUAUUUGACAUAAUUGAAGAUUUUUGCAUUGGAGAAUUGGAGCGAUAAUUGCACCUCGUUUACCAAUUGAUCAGAGAGUCUAUGUUCAACGGAAGAUUUUGUUUGCCGAGGGUGUCAUUCUCUGAGUUUUUGUUGUAAUAUGAGACUACUGGAAUUCAGAUUUAACACUGCUUUCUAUUCUUGGAAUCGAGUUUGAGUCCAUAUGAUGAAUGUUUCGACCGAACAAAAAUCUAAUCUGCUAUAUUUAUCGUCUCAAUGGCGAUGUACAGAGAUUUUGCUCCUAGUUGACUUUAGUAUAUUUUACAUUACGUUUAUAUUUACGUCGUCCAAUGCUAUUAUGUGGCUCAUGUUAAAGCGGGGCUUGAAGAAGUAGAGUAUAAGUAAAUUAAACUCGACUUUUCAUGACAAAUAUGAUAUUCAUAUACAGUUUCAC